AGGGAAAAAAAAAAAAAAAUCUGCAGCUACGUCCUGUUACUUUAAGUCUAAUUAGCAGCCAUGACAUGAAAGGCACUUUUGAAAUAUGCCCCAGUGACAGCACUUCCAAUGGCCUUCUGUUCCCAGUGAUCAACUGGUCUGGGAGGAGUCUCACCGGUGGGAAAGCCCUGCCUUUGCCGGAGUCGCCCCGCUCCUUCCUCGUUCGCCGCGCUCCUACUUGUGAAGAGUGUAGUGGCGGCGGCUUCGGAGCUCACACACCGCCCGAGGAGACGCACUGAGCCCGGGCCCGGUGUAACCGCUUCUCCUUCUGUCCGUUUCUGUUCGUCCGGGUGGAGGGCUGAACCCCGGCGGGGUGUGUAGUUUUUUUCGGGUGUCGGAUGUGAGGAAUGUGACGCACGGACGGGGGAGAAAAAAAAGGGACGCGCAUCGGAGAUACAAAGAGGAGAGAGCGAGAGGAGUCAAGUUUUGCUGCAGGAGGUUCAGAUUCCUUUUUCACGUUUCCUCACCCCUGAACCUUGACCUUUGACCUCACCGCAACAAUGCCACACCGAUCUCAGAGCUCAUCGAUCGGUGAAAACCCCCUUGACCCAAACUACCUGCCCCCACAUUACCGUGAGGAGUAUCGUCUGGCUAUUGACGCUCUUAUAGAAAAUGACGUACAGGGCUACUAUGAGUUCCUCCAGUCAGCAGAUGUGGUUGGUUUCCUGGCACAGCCGGAAAUUGAACUCAUCAGGUCAACAAUCCAAGUGCCCAACCAGACAUCCGGCAUCCCAGAGCUGACAUAUCAUGAGGGAGUUAAUGAUGCUGAUGGAUCCUCUGACACCUACUGGCCUGUGCAGUCCGACUUGGCUGCCCCAGGGCUGGACCUGGGUUGGCCGCUGCCACAGCACAGCUUUGGUGGGCCGACGGAGGUCACCACUCUGGUGAACCCCUCCGACCCGGACAUGCCAAGCAUCAAGGAGCAGGCCAGGAGACUUAUAAAGAGCGCACACCAAGUUAUUGCUGUAGUGAUGGACAUAUUCACAGAUGUUGACAUUUUUUCUGACCUCUUGGAUGCAGCAGCACGUCAUGUCCCUGUUUACAUUUUACUGGAUGAACAGGAGGUUCAUCACUUUGUUUCCAUGGUCAACAACUGCAAAGUCAACUUAGAUUUCAUUCCUAUGAUGCGUGUCAGGACUGUGGCGGGAAUAACCUAUUAUUCCAGGACAGGGAAAUCAUUUAAGGGGCAAGUGAAGGAUCGUUUCCUGUUGUCUGACUGCAGGGCUGUACUCAGCGGGAACUACAGUUUCAUGUGGUCCUAUGAGAAGAUCCAUCGCUGCAUUGCCCACCUCUUCCUCGGGGAGCUGGUUGCCACCUUUGAUGAGGAGUUUCGUAUACUCUUUGCCCAGUCAGAGCCUCUGGUCAUUGACCCAUCGAAUGGAGCGCUUGCUAUCUCUGACACCAGUAGCACUAGCAGCUACUUAAGCAGCCAGUUAGGUUUGAAGAGGACCCAGUCUUUGCGUAACCCCAUGGGUUACCGAUGGCAGCCUGAGAUUCCCUCUCCCUUCCCCUAUGGAGACUCUGAUCGCAACCCUGCACUUAAUUUCCGAAGGAACGACCCGUUUCGGCACAGUCUUGAACCGGGGGUAGGAAUAACGAUUGGGAAGUAUUCACAACAACAGUUUCGUAUGCAGCAGUCGUACCUAGAGCAGGGACGGUCCAUUGUGUCCAGGCAGAUGGAAAUGAGUGCCAGUGCCUUCAAAAGGCACAGCUAUGCAGAAGGAACACAGGAACACUACUCAUCUUCAAGGCAAUACAUGAAGCAAAGAGUCAUGAACAAUCUGGAGGAGACAGACUUCCAGAGGGAGCAGAUUCAAAGUAGCCAAUACUAUAGUGAAGGGCCUGGGCCGGAUUCUGGCCAUGGACACUACGACAGACUUCGAGGUCGUCCGCCACAUCUCGCCAUUGACCAGUAUUCGGAUUCAAGCUUUCGCUCAGAUCAGGAGCCUCCACCUGGAACCUAUGGCAGAGACUAUUUUUCAUCUGAGGACCUGACAGGACCAGAUGGGCACCAGGCACCUCCAGUAGCUGGGCGGUAUGGAGGAGGAUCCUCCCAUAAAAGACCAACCAUAGGACAUGCGUAUGCCUGUCAGAGCUCACCGACACAGCCUCAUCCACCAGAGAAAAAAGUGUAUCACACACAGCCCGAUCAAGAACUUGAUCAAGAUGACAGUGUAAAGCAAGGCCUUAGAAGCUGGAGAAUCAACUCUUAUCUUAGUGCUUAUGAGGAUGGUGGAGAAGAAUGCCUUGGUCAACCAAUGGGGCCUGAUGCAUUUGAGGAGACUCAACCACCUCUGCAACCAAAUGAAAGUGCAGCUCAGCGCUAUGGAAAGAAGGAGCCACCAGCUGUUCCCUCCAAGCCCAGACCAGAUAUCCUGAGACCACGCUAUGGAAAGCCCAAAUUACCUGACAGCAGUAAUAAAGAUUCUGCGCCAAACAAGGAUCUGCUCCCUUCACUCGGUGGCUCGAAGACAUCUCUACUGGAAGGAGAGAAGGAAAAGGAGAGAGACACAGAGAGGGGCACAUCAAGGGAAGUGGGUAUGGAUUUGGAGGUGAAAGAGUCUGCAGAUCUCUUGCUGUCCAAGCAUGAAUCGUUCCGCUCACGUAUUAACCCAAUGCUCCAGCGUAGCUCCCGUCUGCGCUCCUCUCUCAUAUUCUCAUCUUCCAAGGCAGAAAUACACAGCGGUAGCUUAGGGCUAAAACCAGCCACAGAGGUCGACGAGGAGUUAGACACACUACGCACUUCCUCGAUUGUGGCCCAGAUCCUAGAAAAGAGGAGAUCACUGUCUCGUGAGCCAUAUGAGUGGCGAAAGAAAGCUGAUGAGAAAGAGAAGGAGAAAGAACGGGAGGUGAAAGAGAGAAAAGAGAAGGAGCAACAAGACGAAAAGGAGAAACGACUGAAAGAGGAGAUUAAACCACAGGAGGAACCUCAGAGAACUAACGAAGAAGUCAAAACAACAUCAGCUGUUGACAACACUGCCACAACAUCAUCAUCUCUCAACAUGAAUGAUCCAGCCAGUCGACUGCAGUAUUUUAAAGACCUGGCUGCCAAGAGGAAAGUCUCAAAAGUGGACACAGAGUCCUUGCUGAAGGCACCAGAGCCUGCUGAAAAAAAGCCAGAUCUUACUGAUAAACAUAUUGCUGACACUAUGACUCAAAAGGCCACAACCGACUUCGUCAGUUCAGCAGAACCGGAACCAAAAAAGACAGACAUCUCAGCAAAAUUGGCAGAGCUCACUCGCAGGUCUUCAUUUAGUUCAUCAAAACCACCAAUAAUCUCUGCAAGGCCCCCUGCCGUGAAAACUUCAGAGACAUUACAAGCUCAUAAAGAGGAGAAUGCAUCAGAUGGUCUAAAGAAAGAUUUAUUCAAGUCUCUGAAGCCUAUUCCUUCACCUAAGAUCUUCAAGAGGGAUCAGCUGAAGCUCAAAGGACUGAAUCCACGACGCAUCUCCUGUGGUGACGAGAUUCUGACCACAGAUGCCACAGAUGCAGAGAAGAGUGAACUGAAAAAGAACCGCUCUCAUAGCUCUAGCUCUUCAACUCUGUCACAUGAAGACACUAAGGAAGGAAAUCUCAAGAUUAUGGGAUCUAAUACAUCCAUCAACACACUUGGUGAGGGAAAGGGUGAAGGCAAGCCACUUGACUUCCUGAAGAAGCAGACUCAGAGGCUAAAAGGACUCCUGGGGCCCAAGGAUAAAGAAAAGAAAACUUCGGGAGAGGACAGGGGAAUGAGCACGGUCAUAGAGGUCGCUGACAAUUCAAGCAAAAAACUCAGUUCAUCAGCUAAAGACACAGGAUCUACCGCUGCCGAACAAACCACAGCCAACCACAAGACGUCAACCGGGACAUCAGUCACGUCCCGAUACCAACCCCAGGGAAGCUCUGUUUUGUACAGCAGCAACCUACGAGAUGACACCAAAGUCAUCCUGGAGCAGAUCUCCGCCAACAGCCAAAAGAAUCGUCAGGAGCGAGAAGAGACUGGAGGGGACCAAGAUGGUGACGCCGGAGACAAAGCGGGGGUUAAACAGAACUCCCUAAAGAAGAAUCGAUUUCUGCGAACACCGGACAACAACCAGGAGAGGGAAGGCCUGCUGAAGAGGAUAGAAAGUCUGAGGAAGGAGAAGAAGGUCUACAGCCGCUUUGAGAUGGGGAAUAACCUGGGAUAACGUAAGGAAACUCCAACCGCCCCAUGUGCCAACGAAACUAUCACAGUACCUGUGGGCCCCAAUGCUGGAGCCUCUCCUGGAUUUUCACAGGACGUAAUAAAACUUGAAAAGACUAAACAUAAAAAUGCUGAAAACAAACUUAAGUCACUGAGGUUUGGAAUGCGCUGGUUUGCCAAGACCUGGUACUACUUUGCCCUUACAUGGUGACUGAGAGAAACGGGAGUGUCUCUACAUGCAUACUGGCUGCAUGGGCUAAUGUUUCACCAAACAGAAACAGGUAGGGUCAUUUAUCUAUAACUGAGUUUUUAUGAACGUGACUGAGGGAAGAAGACAAGAGAUCGAAAGAGCACAUUGCAAAUGUAUGCCUAUCGAAAACAUGGUGGCUUAAGACAGCAUGUGUGUGAUAUGAGUGUGUGUGUGUGUGUGUGUGUGUGUGUGUGUAGCUGGGAAUAGGUUAAAACUAAAUGGGAGAAAGUGAUCUAGUGGAUUCACCGUGUGCCAAUGACCCAUAGAGGGUAUUACUAAAGACCAAUAAGCAGGGGUAAAGAUAUGUAGAAGAAUGUGACUUGAUUGUGAAUGAAAAGACAGAAUCAGAAGGUAGGAAUAUAAAUGUGCAGCAGUAGAGUUUCAGUAGAAAGUAUAGGCCGUAGUGAACUUUACCCCCUCAAGAGAGUGUUAUGUACUUUUCCAUUAAGGCGUGGAUCCACUUCUCAGGGUUGAAGAUGUCAAAUAACCAUUCAUAGAGGGGACCAAGGCGCUUUUAUGGUUAGAGGAUUAGAGUUUAAAUAAAACAAGCAUAUUAGUCUGUGUUUUAUGAAAUGUAAAUACAAGUGUAAAGUAUUUCCAGUUGAGUCACAGUGAAAUGUUUUACUGGCCUGUUCCUCUUUCUUAACGUAUACAUUCAGAGCCGUAGACAUUACCUCUAAAAGAGGAUAGGGACAGGUACAUUAUGCAGUACAGGAAUAGUGCCAUGCCUCCUUACAUAACUCACUUAAUGCCUGAGACCAACGCCCUGCGUAGGACUCCUAACUCUUUAUUAAACCAAAUACCUAGUCAUAUGAUACAAAUCCCACGAUGCCUGAGAACUCAAUUGGGCAUCAAACCAUUCACUGUGUCUUUGUACAAUACGUCAGAGGAUUAAAUGAUCUGUAUGGACAAUUCAGGGGUUACACUGUUUUCUAUGCAGGAUUAGACUGUACAUAUUUGUGUGCGAAGGGAUUGUAUGUUGAUAUUUUGAGUAUCAAUUAGAUUAUGACCACCCUUGCUGCACUACAAGAAUGUGUUGUUUUUAUUUGUAAUUAAUAUGUGAGUAUGUGGUUUUAACUAUAAAAAAUAAUUGGCAUUAAUUAGGGCAAAUCAAUUGCACAGGGUUGAUGUGUUUUUCUUGUUGAACCCUAAGAGAGUAUUACAUUAUAAAUGAAAUACUGUAAAAAAAAAAAAGUCUUUUAUUAAAUCUCUUUAAAACUGAA